AUGGACUUUGAUGAUGCUGGCAACAUGAACGAUCCCACACAACCAAUGGUUGAAUAUUUUGGCGCUGCUCGCCCCUGUGAUCCGGAAGGCAACUUCCUUCCACCAGGAACUCCGCCUCCACCACUCACUGACAAGACAACAGAUGACUGGACUCCCUACAACAGCCGGGUAGAGUUCGACUCGGAGCUCGCCGACUACUUAUUCACGCGGAAUCAAACUCCUGCACAUUCAAUCGACCAUUUGCUCAAUAUAUGGGCAGCUUCAUUGAUGCAAGCUGGCAGCAAAGCAACUCUCUUUUCAGAUCACCGUGAUGUCUACAAGACAAUCGAUAAUACUCCUCUCGGUGAUGUGAGAUGGCAGUUGUUUACCGUCAAAUACACCGGCGAAAUUCCAGAGGAAGGUGCCGCACCGUGGAUGGCAGAUAGUCACGAAGUCUGGUUCCAUGACCCCCACGAAGUUGUUCGCAACAUGCUUGCUAACCCAGACUUUGCUGCGGAGAUGGACCUCAGACCGUACCGUGAGUUUGCAACGGAAAACGACGAGCGCCAGUGGAAGGACUUUAUGUCCAGCGAUUGGGCUUAUAACCAAGCAGACAUGAUAUCCGAGGAUGCUGACACUCAUGGCUCAACAUUCGUGCCUGUGAUUCUCAGGAGCGACAAAACAACCGUAUCAGUUGCAACAGGACAAAACGACUACUACCCCCUCUACGCGUCUAUUGGGAAUGUUCAAAACAAUGUGCGCCGUGCCCACCAAAAUGCCGUUGCUGUCAUAGGGUUUCUCGUGAUGCCAAAAACAACCAAACAGCAUGCCGAGACAGACGGUUUCCGGAGGUUUCACCGCCAGCUGUUUCACUUGUCGCUCUCGUUUAUCCUCAAGAACCUGAGGCCGGCCAUGACAAAGCCGGAGGUUGUGUGUUUCGGGGAUGGACACUAUCGCCGUGUCGUCUAUGGACUCGGGCCUUAUAUCGCAGACUACGAGGAGCAAGUAGUACUUGCAUGCAUAGUUCGAAGGUGGUGUGCUAAGUGUCUUUCACAUCGCAAGAACCUCGAUGAGACUAGUCUCCCUCACUCAAGACUUCACGUUGACACGCUAAUCGAGGAGUGCGACUUCGAUACAUUGUGGGUACAGUAUGGUAUACCAUUUACGAACGAUUUCCCCCACGCCGACAUCCACGAACUACUCACACCCGAUCUCCUCCAUCAAAUCAUCAAGGGGGCAUUCAAAGAUCAUUUAGUUGAAUGGGUCGAAAAGUAUCUCAUACGGGUGCACGGAAAGACACAAGCUAACAUUAUUCUAGACAAUAUUGACCGACGGAUUGCAGCAGUUCCUCCGUUUCCUGGCCUCUGUCGAUUUCCACAAGGGCGCCACUUCAAACAAUGGACCAGGGAUGACUCAACGGCCCUCAUGAAGGUAUACUUGCCAGCAAUCGAGGGUUACGUCCCCGAAGAUGUUGUGCGCACGUUUAGUGCCUUCCUCGAAUUUUGUUACCUUGUCCGCCGCAACGUAAUCACGGAGACCUCGCUCGAGGCAAUCCAAGAUGCCCUUACCCGUUUUCACCGGCAUCGUGAAAUUUUCAAGACUACCGGAACCAUUCCAACAUUUUCGCUUCCCCGACAACACUCGAUGUCCCACUACGUCCAUCUCAUUCGAUCCUUUGGUGCUCCGAACGGCUUGUGCUCUUCGAUCACGGAAUCGAAGCACAUCAAAGCAGUCAAGGAGCCUUGGAGGCGAUCUAGCUGGUAUAACGCACUGGGUCAGAUGCUGCUGAUUAAUCAGCAUCUAGACAAGUUGGCAGCAUCACGCGUGGAUUUCCGCACUCGCGGAAUGCUCUCAGGCACUUGCUUGUCAUCUGUUCUCGCAGCACUCAGUACCAUACUCGAUGUUGAUGUUGCUGCUGACUCCGAGGACAUCGAAGCACCGACUUCGAUCCUUGCACAUUACUAUCAAACAGAAGGGAAAAAACGCGCCCAGACCAUUCCCGCACUAGUCAACGAGCUCGUCAUUCCGGACUUAGCUGAUCUCGUUCAGGAUUUCCUGAUCGAGCAGCUAUAUCCGGAACUGGACCCCGCACAAGUCCCCGAAAAUAUUAUGGACUGCCCUCAUUACGAAGGAUGGAUACAAGUAUACAAUUCCGCGGUGUCGACAUUCUUCGCACUGAGUGACUUAAGUGGCAUUGGCGGGAUGAAACGCGAGUACAUUCGCGUGUCCCCCAAUUGGAGACAAGGGUACACACGCAAAGACUGCGUGUUCGUUAUUACUGACCCAAAUGCUCACGGAAUGCUGGGUAUGGAUGUUGCCCGGGUACUUACCUUUUUUUCUUUUCGGCUCAGAGAUAGAUAUUAUCCGUGCGCAGUCGUCCGCUGGUUCAAUCGAGUCGACAACACACCAAACGACGAGACUGGCUUGUGGAUGGUGGAGCCAUCCUCUAUUGAGAAUUGCGCACACUUUGCGGUGAUUCACGUUGAGUCGAUUUUUCGUUCUGCGCAUCUUAUUCCUGUGUACGGUACUGAACCACUCCCCUCGGUCAUUAAAUCUCACCACACCCUCGAUAUAUUCACCCUCUUCUAUGUGAACAAAUAUGCCGAUCAUCAUGCAUUCGAAAUCACUUCUUAA